AUGGCGUCUCCCUCCAGCGUCUUGCCGGUUCCGGCAAACUUCUCACAGACAAUAACUGCUCUGGACAAUGCCGUAGGCUACUCAUUCUGGUCUGGUCUCCAUGAAAACCGAAAGAAGAGAGUUUACUACUCCACUAGUCUAACACAACAGUUCCAACCAAAUUCCAAGUUUAUCAAUAAGAUUGAUAACAGCCAGCGUUCCCACCUGGUCUCCACGAAAGCCGAAAGAAGGGCGAAAUCGCCUUGUGUUCUACGGGCUUGGUUCUGCCGUGCCCUUGGUCUGGUAUUCCUUCAACUGACUCCUCUCGGAGCAGAGCGCAGUCGGGAAGGUAACAGAUUUCGCGUGUUCACUCAGAAGAACUGGCAUCUUCUCUAUCGAUUUGCUAAUAUUUUACAACGAAUGAAGGCAAUGGCAUUUUUUCAACGAUCUGUGGGCCUAGUGCAAGAAAACUGCCAACUGAGAAAUGUCACAAAUCACAUGCAGUUUACAUACGUGUUCGUAUGUCUCUACAUGCCAGUGAUAUUUGAGCACAUGGGUAGAUCUAUGAAACAACGAAGGGAAGAUCAAGGAAGCAUGCAUAUACCGAAGGACUUUUGCCUUACUGGCUCCUCAAGGCAUGAAGAAAUUCGACCUUCUCAUCUUAUCCUUGUAAUCUCUGUAUAUCCACAAGAUGAAACACGAAGUGAACAACAGUGUAGUGAUUCGACUGGGAAAGAUACUUUUGUGUUCGUGAGCCGUCGAGGGAAAUUCCUGGCAAGCUUUGAGGAUCUUAGUCCAGACAGGUGUUCCGACGUUUGCUCUCGACCAGCGCCCGAUCGGGUCGCCACUUCCGCGGCGUCAGUCACCGUCGCUGCUGCUUAUUCAGUGUCCUCUGGCGACGAGAUGUUGGUGCAGCUGUUCUCGGUCGUGGUGUUCCUGUGCCAGAGUUUAGCUCUCGCCACCAGCCACCCAUGUGACAUCGAGGAGAACCAGGCUGCAUGGAUAGCGAACUACGUGAAGAAGGACGUGGUGGUAGUGGGCGCAGGGGCCGCGGGGCUCUCAGCGGCCAGGGAACUAAUCACCAAAGGAUACUCGGAUGUCCUCGUCUUGGAGGCUCAGGACUACAUCGGUGGAAGAGUCAAAACCCAUAGGGAAGGAGACAUUCUGACGGAGGACGGGGCCGAGUGGAUCAAUGGGGGCUGGAGGAACCCUCUCUACGGUCUCGCGGAAAGCCUGGGCGGAUUAACUCAGCCUCUGCCAGACAGCGCUUACGACUGGCGGGUCAUGACGCAGUCCGGGCAAGAGGCGGACCCGCGAGGCUUCGACGCCUCGGCCUGGCUCAUGGAGGAGUGCGAGAGAGACGGCGUCCUUCAGAACUACCACGAUAAGGGAUAUGGAGAGUGCUACGAAAAAAAGUUCCCCGACGCUUAUUACUGGGAAAUGGCAAGACCGGCGGAAGAGGCAGCGUGGCUUAACUUCACGGAGAUGUGGGUGAACAAGGACACGGGCCUCGACGACUGGAAGGACAUUUCGGGGCUGGACGCCGACCACUUCACCGACUGGGGUCUGGACGAGUGGAACCAGUGGGCCGACGGCUUUGAUACCCUCGUCGACCAUCUGAAGGCCGAUAUCCCAGAUGCCAGCGUGAAGAUGUCCUCGCCCGUCUGUAGGAUAUUCUACGGGCGAAAAGUGGCGGGGCAGCGCCUGAGGAACCGCGUGCUGGUGGUGACCCAGGACGGCGCCUCCUACCUGGCGAACCACGUCAUCAUCACGGCCUCCAUCGGGCAUCUCAAGGAGCGACACGACAAGAUAUUCACCCCCGCUCUCAACUCGGCUUACCGAAGCGCAAUGGCUGUGACGAAGCUGGGCUUGGCCGAUAAGGUGCAGUUGGGCUGGGAGAGCCCGUGGUGGGGAAGCGGCGCCUUAGACCUCAACGUCAUCUUCACAGAAAAUAUGCCCGGGGAAAUGUCUUGGCUUCAGGGGAUAAUGGAGUUCAUAACGAUCCAUCAACAACCGAACAUGUUACAAGCGUUCGUCCCAGGAAACUACGCCAGGCAAAUGGAAGCCCUGUCGGAAGACACUGUAAAGCAACAUCUGAUCACACACUUGGCGACGGUCACAAAUCAAAUCGUUCCCGAUCCUACCUUCUUCAGGAGGACACAGUGGGAGGAUAAUGUGUGGAUGAGAGGCUCCUACAACUCGUACGUGACGGUGGAGGGAGGCCUCACAGUUAUGCCUAACCGCAGACCUUUGGCGAGAACUGUCAGGAGGAACGGCAAGCCACUGUUGUUGUGGGCGGGCGAGCACACCCACACUACUCGCUACGGCAGCGUCGACGGAGCUAUGGCCACAGGAGUACGAGAGGCCAAGAAAAUCAUUCGCUACAAGAGGAAUAGAUAGUGACAUAGCAUGACAACGGACCAGCUGCAGAAUAGUUUACUGGAAUAUGAUUGUGACCAUGAGUACUGUGAUCAGCCUCCUACACAAUGAUAUCAAUGAUAACAAACAUGCUAAGCAAUGCCAAUCAACAUCGAAUUUUCAUACUUUACCGGAAUUAGAAAAAAAAUCACAUUAGGGCCUUAGCAUUUCUUGUUUUACUUGGCUUUGUCGCGAAUUUGGUAUUAUAUUGUCUUUUAACUUUAUUAUUCAUCUACAGUGUUAAAUGAUAAAAAAUGCUUCAUUAAAAAUGUAAUGACAUGCAAUGGCAUAUUAGAUAUAUUGUGACUGGUGUAAUAAAGAGGUUGCAUCGGGAA